UUUAGUAUUUACACUUCCGCUUGUCUUGGCUAUGAUUUGUUUACUCAAUCAAUAAUAUCCUUUUACACCAAUUCAAUUCGAGCUCCAGAGUGUUUCACGCAUGGACAUAACUUUUUUUCUGGCGAGGACUUGUCAUGCACCCCAAGUAUGGAAUGCUUCGUGGUCUUGCUCCACAGUACAUGGAUAUCCAUGGUGCUUUGUCCCUCGUGCUGAAGCUACCCGCACAUACGCACACACACAAAAAGCCCUUUUUUCUCUUUUUCCCUUCUUUUUUCUUUUAUUUUUCUUUAUAUUUUCUCUUGUAACUGAAGAAUGAUCAUUGAAGUCAGCCCUGGGAGGGUCCAAAUUUUCCUUAUACUCUUUGGUAUGGUUGCAUUUGUGGAGCAUAUCCCAGCUCUACGGUAGUGGCUGCCUUCCCCUAGGUAGGCAUAUUUCGAAUGUUGGCGAUGACAACACAGCCAGUAUGAUAGCGUCACACAGAUUGGCAUUACGCACGAAUUAUUGUCCGGUCUGGAACAAUUGCCGUAGUAAGGAUUCUAGAGCCUUUUGUAGACUAUGUUAUGACUGUUUUUAAGUAAGAGUAGUACGAGUAGUAGGUACGUAGUUACAGUCCGUACCUACCUACAUAAUAACUGCAUGCAUGUAUGUAGUAUAGUCCUAGCUGAAGUUUCAAUCUCUGACACACACAAGAAAAAAGUAAAAAAAAAAAAAGAAAAGAAAAGAAAAUCAAAUCACAUAACUCGUACCGUAACAUUAUUUCCAAUGCAAGGGAUCUCC